UAGCGCUAAGUAUUUGCUCACAUGAUUUAUUUGAUAAAUGAGGGAUUGCUUAAUAACUAAUUAAAAUAUAAACUUAAUCUAAUUCUAUACUUGUUUCAAAAUCCGAAUUGUGAACGUGAAAGAGUGUUAUAGAUUUCUGCAUUUGAAGGGAAUGGGAACAGUUCAAGGAGCGAUGGCUAUUAUCAAAUAUCUGCUUUUUGCCUUUAAUUUUAUUUUUGUGAUUAUGGGUAUUGUUCUAAUUUCUAUUGGAGCUGUGGUAAAGAUAAAGGCAUCAGAAUAUCUAGACUUCAUUCCUAGCAAGUUUGCAUCACCUCCAACCCUGAUCAUUGUUGUAGGGGUGAUUGUUUUUAUCAUAGCCUUUUUAGGGUGCUGUGGUGCCAUUAAAGAAAAUCACUGCAUGGUUAUGACAUUUGGUGUCCUUAUUAGUCUGAUCUUCAUCCUAGAGAUUUCAGCAGGAAUAGCAGCAUAUGUGUACAGAAGCCAGCUUAAAGAUUUCACCAGAACUCAAAUGAAGGAAUCAUUAAAGCAUUACAAUGCAUCAGGACAUGGUGGUGUAAAAAAUACUUGGGAUGCAAUGCAAAAAAAGCUGCACUGCUGUGGAGCUGUAAAUACUACAGAUUGGAAUGAUAUUUUCACCGGCACCUUACCAACAAGUUGUUGUGAGAAUCAAGAAAGUAACUGUACAGACACCUCGAGUGAUCUUUAUACCACGCCUUGUGCUGAUGCUCUAACGAAGAUUAUGAAACAAAAAGCAGGAGCUGUUGGUGGAGCAGCAGUAGGAAUUGCUUUUGUUGAAAUCAUUGGAGUGGUUUUGUCAUGCUGUCUUGCCCACACUAUCAAAAAAGGCUAUGAAGUAAUGUGAGAAGGUACCACUUAGGCCACAUCCCAUUGAUUGGAUAAAUAUUCACAGCACCCCCCUCACACACACACAUGCACCUGUUCAGUGAUCAAGCCCAAUCAAACUAUGAUAGUUGAUGGCACAUUCCUAGAAAAUGUCUUCCAUUGGUGGUGCCAAAAUGGUCAACAUAAAUCUGUGAUUUUAAUCAAAAUUUUAAAUAAAGUUAACUGUA